UGCAGACCUCUAGUUAUCUUUAUUAACAGACUCUAAGUAAUGUUGAAUCAUUUAAAUGCUAGCCAAUGCGUAUCAACGGAUAGAAGGCCCGGGAAGGUGGGCCUGAGAGAUACCAGCAACUAGGCAAGGCCUUGGUAAGGUUGACAACACUCUCAGUAUGACUGAGAGCACCGCUGUGACAGCAUCAGGCCAUCCUCUUACAACCACCCUCCAUAUACCUUCAACUCAACAGUACCAAGAAGAGCAUUCAACAUCAUUGCCAGGACUGGAACCUCUUCAUGCAACCCCUCCUAUAUUGGCUUCAACUGUAGGCUACCCAAAUCAACAUUCAGAAACAGUGACAACAUCAGGUAUUGAGGUCACAUCUCAUCACAUGGCCUCUACUGAAGUGCCUGUUCUGACCGGAGAUGCCUCUGCCUCACCACCUGUUCAAGGAAUGAGGUCACCAAUUGAACAUAUUUUUUCUUCACCAGUGAUGAUAAUCAUCGUUUUGGGUGUGAUGGCUGGGAUCAUUGGAACUAUCCUUCUCAUCUUUUACUUUAUCAGCCGAAUAACAAAGAAAAGUUCAGUUGACAUCCAGCCUCCUGAGGGUGAUGACAACAGUAUGCCUCUGAGUUCCAUUGAACAGACCACUAAUCAAGAGUUCUCCAAUGUUUGAAAGACCUCAAGAAAAACAAGGCUUCAGUCAAGGGGAAAGAAAUGCAAUAAUCGACGUUUCAGUAGACUAGGUACCUUCUAGAACUGCACCAUUAUAAGAAGAAAGUGUCACCUUUGAGCCUCAGUGAUUCAGUAUGGGGGUGGGGAAAGUCUGUUCAUUAAUAACUGAAGGUGAAUAAAAGAUUCUUUGUAUGCUUGAUUUUGCUGGCAGAAAUUUUUGUAACUGCUUGACUAGAAAUUUUACUCAAAAAUUUCAACUGAGUUUGUGUGCUGUCCAUUAAGACUGACGUAUUCAAACCAUAACUCCGUUAUGGUUUGUUCCUGGUGAUGUCAUGGAAAGGCUUCUACUGUCUCCAUGCUUCCUCAUCGCUUCAACUCCUGAGCCCAUUUUUCAUUUAAUUUAAGUAAACUAAGAGACCAGUAAGUCAUCCCGUGUCCUUCCUUGCCAGGCAGGCAGCACACAGCUCUCUAGUAAUGGGGAGGAUGCUUUCCCGCACUCAGAAAUGCCACAGACAUAAAUGUAUGCAAGGACAUCACACCACUUAUUCAGUAAGUCAAUACAAAAAGUAUUUGCUAUUUUAAACAGGGAGUUGUUUUUUGGAUAAUUAAUUUGACAAUGCCACAUUAACUCCUUCAGAGUAUGGACCAGUGCGUUAUGUGGUAAAGAGAUGUUUCUGGAACUACUCAUAGUACCCUAAGGAUAAAAAUAAUUAAGGCCCUUUCCUUGCAAUGGAAAUCAGAGAGUAACUACCACAAAUGUAUAAAUGUGAGGCAUGGGUGAAAGCUUUCGGGAGUAACUCCGAGUUCUCAACAAACUUCUUUGAACUUAUCCCGAAGUGUCCCUUCUUAAUAAAACUUUGGAAAAUGAAUUAUCAAAAAGAACUGUCUAUAUAAGUGACUAAGGGGCUUUGUGACUAUACUGCCGUUGUUCCUUUAUAGAACAACUUAAGAUAAUACAUGUUUUGUUUUUUUUUUCAAGAGGACAUGAACUUGGGAGGGGUGGCGAGGUAAGGGUGGAUCUAGGACUGGCUAAGGGAGAGAGUAAGGGAUGAACAUGUUCAAACUACAUUGUAUGAAAUUCUCACGAUUUAAUAAAAACAUAUUUGAAAAAUCAAUAUAAAAACAAAACCUGUGACUGUCUAUUUCCAAGUUGACAAGUCAACUUUGCCUUGCUUCAUGAUAACUUAAGUAAAUAUGUACAUAUUUAGUCCUGAAAAUUUCAAUCUAUUUUUAGUAUGUUUUUUUAAAAAAUCUGCUUGUAUGUUCAGAGAAUGUUUUAUACUUGCCACCUAUUUAAAAUAAAAGAAUGACAAUAAGAA